AUGACAUCUAGUCAUCGCCCUGGUUCACGAAGACGAGAUACUAAGGAAACAUCGGCAAUACCGUCUAAGGAACCAGUGAAUCGUGACCCUAAUUUCAUUUAUUCUCGACCUCGUGUGACCACGGACGAACAGAUUGAGGCGGCACGACAACGUUACUUCUUACGCAAAGCAGCUGGUAUUGUCCCAGUGACAGUGGAUUCGGACACAGAAUAG